AGGUCAACGAACCCAGUUUCAGCCUCUCAAGUAAAGAAGAAUGCAGGAGAAAACCUUUCGCCUGAAUGGAUUUGCCUAUCGGAAAGCUGACAACAACAAUUCCCUCUGGAAGUUGAAUCUCAACGGAAAAAGGGGAAAACGUGAUGACAAGCGACAAUCUGUAACAGAUUUCAUCCAAGAGAACAGCCGGAAACUAGAAGAAGCAACAUUAGGGCCAGGCGGCGGUUUCGGAAUUGGCUGUGGCGUCGGUGUCGGUCUUGGAGCAAUUGGUGGUCUAGGUUUAGGUGGUUCCGAUUGGAACCAUCUCAAACUGGUUUUCGGAGUGGGUAUGGGUUGUGGUCUUGGUAUCGGGUUCGGGUAUGGACAAGGAAUUGGUGUUGGGUUUUCCUGGGACGAAUUUAAGUCCAGAUUUUUUGAACCCAAAAGCACUUCCAGAAACCCCUUUGUAAUUCAAAUCUGAACUCUCUGUCUUUGCAAUUUUCUAUUUCCAUAAGCUUCUUCUUUGCAA